AUGGUGGUGGUGGUGAUGGUGGGGCUGUGGGCAGUGGUGCUGCGGGUGGUAACGGUGGUGGUGAGGGGCGUGGUGGUGAGGGUCAUGAUGGUGGUGAUGGUGAUGGCAGUGGGGGUGAUGGUGGUUUUGUCCAUCACCACUACCACCACCAACACCCCCACCCUCACCAUCACCAUUACCAUCACCACUACUACCACCACUUCCCCAACACCUCCCACCGUCACCAUUAUCCCCCCACCACAACCAUCACCACCAACAUUACCCCCACCACCAUCACAGCUACCACCAUUACCACCCCCUACGCCCACCACUACCAUCACCAACUCCAUUACCAUCAUCACCACCAACACCACUACCACCAUCACCACCAUCCCCCUCACUACUAUCACCUGCACCUCUACCAUCACCAUCACUACCCCCCCAUCACCACUCUCACCAAAACCACCAUCACCCCCUCUGCCAUCACCAUCACCACCAUCAUGA